GCACCAGGACACCAGCAUGAGUUGCUCGCCCGGCCCGGAGCCCCGGCGGCCCGUCUUAUUGGGGAUUCGGGACACGGCUAUCGAGGGAGGGAGCCGCUGCUCUUGGGACACCAACAAAGCGGGUGCGACCCCGGACUGUGUCCCUGGCAUUAGCAUGCAGUAUCCUCACUGUACACAUUGCAGUAAUCCCCUUAUUCAUGUGGUUCAAGUGUACUGCCCCCUGGAAGGCUCCCCCUAUCAUCGCACCAUCAACGUGUUGGCUUGUCAGAGACCAGAGUGCUGGGGGAGAUCGGACAGCUGGAAGGUUCUACGCUCACAGUACCAGGAGACUCUGCAGAAACUGGAAACAAAAGCAGAGGAAAACCUGGUUUCAGUGACAGCGAAGGAUUGGUGCAGCGAGGCAGAUGACUGGGGGUUGGAUGAUUCUCCUGAGCUCAGCACUGAGGAGUUACUGAGUCUCGGAGCUGCUCAGGCCCCACCUUCGCUGUCGGACAGAGAGAUCGGCGUUCAGACCACCAGGCUGGAGGGUCUCAGUCUGCUGGAGAAUGCGGAGGGGAAGGGGCUGGUUACUCGAGCUCCUGUGCCAGUUUUCCAGCCUUUCUAUAUCAGCGUGAUGGAAGAGGAGGAUUACACAUUGGAAACUGGCUUCAGCCAUGAGCAGGAACUGCUCCAGGAGUACCAGAGGAGGGAAGGAAUCAACGUUGAACAGUUAGCUUUCUCCAGCUGUGAAGAUGAUGGAGGUACAGAAGCAUACGAGAAGGGUAAAGUCCGACAUGGAGACAGAACGUUCGUCAAAUUCAUGAAACGGAUUUCCAGCUGUCCUGAACAGAUUCUAAGGUAUUGCUGGAAUGGGAGCCCCUUACUGCUCUCCUCACCCCCUGUGGGAAUCAAGACAGCCACUCCAGCGUGUGGAGUGUGUGGCAGUGCCAGGGUUUUUGAGUUCCAGCUGAUGCCAGCCCUGGUCAACAUGCUGAAAAGUGCGAGCAGUGAAGAGGUGGGUGUGGAAUUCGGGACGGUUUUGAUCUACACGUGUGAGAAGAGUUGUUGGGCUCCCAGUAAUCAGACACCCCUCGAGGAAUGUGCCGUUGUACAGGGAGAUCCAGACCAGUGCUUUUUCAGAUAGGUGUUAAUCACUUGUAAUCUGGUUCUAAAUAAAAACCAAAUGUUUAAUUUAAAA